AUGAAAAUGGAGAAUAAACCGCCUGUAAUGUCGGGAAGUUUUGACUUGUAUGCAGAGGAGCUGAAAACUUUCUUGACCAACAUGGACAUUUGGGGUGUUGUGGACAAUGCGUCAGCGGUUCGUGCAGCUCAAUUUCGUCGAAUGAAUAAUUUGGCUCGUGGUGCAAUCUUGCGAGGCGUUCCUAAGGCCGAUGCUGAGUUGAUAUGCCAUCAGCAGAGCGCGCAAGAUAUGUGGACUGCAUUUGUCGAAAAGCAGACCAAACGCGAGUAUGCAAAUUACAUCUUCGCUCGACAAAGGUUGAUUGCGAACGUGUACACCCCAGGGAGGAACAUGAAUGACUGGCUUCGUGAGAUGCAGCUCUAUCGUAAUGAGCUACUGCACUAUCGAAGAGGGGUUUCUGACGAGGAAUUCGCCGAGAUUCUCCUUGGUAACGUGGUGCAGACACAUCGCGACGUUGUUCGACAGUUCUCCAAACACUUUGACCCUGGUUACCAGCGAUCGACUCCGUCGUCGGCUCAAGUGAUGAAUGCAUUGAGAGCAGAGUCGGAGCUCGACGCCAGGAUGGAUGAUCCACAGCAAGGCCGUGAUAUCUCUUCCGCGCAGGCUGGCAAGACGCAAGGCCAGCAGCCGCAAAAAAGGCAAGAAGCGUGGUCGAGGUAG